UUCAAUUGGAAGCCGUAGUUCCGGUUCACAUAUAUAUUCAGGGGGAGAGCAGACUGAUGCCAUCACCACAUCACAGUUGUACUUGAUACCUGACAAACAACACCUGACAUUCACCUGGCACAGACAGUCAACAUCAACUUCAGCAGCAGCAUCAUGAAGACUCUCCUGCUCCUUACGGUUCUUGUAUGUGCUGCCCUCUCUGUCAGGGCUGCAGCAGUGGAAGCAGAAAAUAAAGUGGAAAUGGCUCCCUCUCCUGUGGAAGCAGAAAAUAAAGUGGAAAUGGCUCCCUCUCCUGUGGAAGCAGAAAAUAAAGUGGAAAUGGCUUUCUCUCCUGAUGACAUGACUGUCGAUGGUGGGGAGAUGGCAGCACAACUUGAAGAUCGUUCUUUCCUCUGCCCCGCUGGUUGGGUCAGACACAGGGACGGCUGUUAUCUAUACGUGACCUCUGGUAGAUCCUGGACCAGUGCAGAGGCCUACUGCUCCAGGUUGGGGGCCUCUUUGCCGUCUGUUCACAACAUCUGGGACUACAGCUUUCUUCAGCAGCUGGCCAGCCGAUCAGGACAAACAACAGCCUGGCUGGGAGGACACUACUUCCUGGGCUGGAGAUGGCUGGACCAAAGCCAGUUUGACUACAGUAACUGGAGCACUGUCAAUACUGUGAGCCGAUUCCAGUGCAUUCACCUCAACAGCAGAGUGGGCUGGUCCAAUAAUAACUGUGCCUCUGCGUUGCCAUUCAUCUGUGUGAGAAGAUCUGAUACCUGUUGAUGAUGAUGACGAUGAUGACAACAUCUGGAUCUGCAGUUCAGAGUUAUUUCCUGUUAUAAGACAACAAGUAUAUAAGGAAAAUAUCUAUGGGCAGGCAAUACAUUAGGCAAAUGACGGCAGGACGUGAUGUUGAAGAAAUGCUGCUAUGAAAAUCUUGCUCAGGUGACUCGUGGAAUGUGUUAAAUGGAAAUGGGGGGGGGGGUAUGAAGUGGAUCUUGUAUGUUUUCUGCUGAGGAAGUCUCUGUAGUAACAGAACAAAAACAAAUGUAAAUUUCUUCCAACUGUACAUAGAAACGGAGAAAAAAAUAGCUUCCUUUCUUAGUAACUGCUAAAUCAAAGCUGUUGAAUGGUAUGAUUGUUGAAUGUUUAUAGAUACAUGGAUGUUUUAUAUCUUACUUUGAAAAAAGUGUUUUACUGGAAUUGCUUAUAAUAAAAUAUUUUU